AUGGAUGUACAUGCGAAUGAAAACGAUGCACAACCAGCCGAAAAUGAAAUAAAUGGGCAACAAACUGAUCUACCUGUCCAGCAACGUUCUAGACGUAAACCAGCAUUUAGUCAUCAAAUUAUAUCGCAAGCACCAAGACAACACUCUCAUGUUAGACAGCAUCAAAACGUUGAUUCUAGUUCUGAUAGGUUAUGGGAAAGAUUAUCAUCAGAUGAUGUUAAUCAAAACUGCAAUACUAAUACUGCUGAAAUGGACUACAACAAUGGUCAUCGAAGCGAAAAUUAUAUUGAAAUAAAUGAUCCACAAAAUGGCGGUGUCAAUCAUGCAAUGAGAUUUGAAAGGUUAUAUGCAUGCCGUGCUUGCUCCUACGUUACGUCAAAUCCAAGAGUAUUGUUGCAUCAUCGUCGGGAUCACCAUUCGGAGGAUUUAUUAAUUUACGAAUGUACAUUAUGUCAAUAUGCAAGCGAAUAUAAUGGGAAAGUCGAAAGACAUUUAACGACGUGGCAUAAAUUGGAUAAAAAUGAAUGUAAAACAGCUGUACGAAAAUGUCGUGAGAAUGAUGGAAAUGUAUGUUUUCAAGUACCGGAUCAUACGGCGAGCAAUGCUGAUUUUCCAACACUCGGCUAUAUGGAAGAAUCAUCGACCGAUAAUAACAAUUUGCAACAAUAUAAUAGUGGUCAAAUAACAAGCACAACAAAUGGGAAUACUAGUAAAUUGUUAAUUUCAUCUGUAACCGAUGAAAAGAAACAAAUUAAUAAUAUUCAUGAUCUUUUUCCAUUAUCAUUGCCAGCACAACUGUCAGGCUCAAGUAGUAUCUCGACAGCAAAUGGUUCCAGUAAACGAAAACCAAAUGUGUUACAUUCAAUAUUAAGUCAACAAAGACCCAUCGCUCCUAAAGCGAAUAACAAUUCAUUUAGUCAAAAUCAUGCUGAUAUAAUAAAAGGUACACCACCUUCAUCGUACGCGCAAUCAGCUCAAUUUUCUGCUCCUUCUCGUUCAUUUUCAACGUCGAUAAAACUACCGUCGCAAUCAGUUCGCAGUCAAUCAUCACCUGUACCAAAAUUUAUUACUGAUCAACUAUCACCAACCAGUUUUUCUUUUUCUCCGUCGUCGACAUCGUUCACAAUGCGACAACAAGAACAUAGAAAAAAUUUCUUAUGUACAUUGUGUAAUCUUACAUAUAAAAAUUUUCAUGAUUGCACAGCUCAUAUUAGAAAAAAACAUGAAAUAACACAUGCACAAGCAGGUCGAUACGUCAAAAAAUUGCAAUCAGAUAAUAUUUCGACUUCUUCUUCUCUCAACAAUGAUAAUAACAACAGCAAUAUUCAUCAUACUGACAAUAAUCGUGAACAUCAUAUGAACUCGUUACCACGUUUAUCUCUACCACAAUUCUCCUCCCAACCGCCACCGUUGAUAAAUGGUUCAUCAACGCGAUCACCAUUUCCCUCACAAUCUUUGCAACUUCAACAGCAACAACAAUCAGGCGUGAAUAAUAAAACAUUUCGUUGUAAUUAUUGUUCAUAUUCAAGUGGAUGGUCGAAAGACAUACAAAAGCAUCAACGACGUAAACAUCCAUCGUUGCCUCCACAUAUUAUCAAAAAUGAAAUAACGACUGAUCAAUCACCAUUAUUGUUGUUGUCAAAACGGGACGAACCGUUAUCGAAUACAAGAUCUUCUCCACCAUAUAGUGGUUUGUGGAGUGAUGCGUCGGUGUUAAAUGAAAUACAAGAUGAUAAUGAUAUCGAUGAUGAUGAUUUAGAAGCAAUGGAUUUGAAUGGUGAUUUUUUAACAGUGCCAGAAGAUGAACAAAUCAUUGACGAUGAAGAUGAGGCUUUAUGGAAAUUUCAACAAGUUUCGGAUUUUCAAUCACCAUCAUCGGAAAAUAAUAAUCUAUCAUCAAAUUCGUACGAUACAUCAUCAUCAUCGUUAGCAAAACGCUUUAAGAAAUUUCGUUGUCCUCAUUGCGAUCAUAGCGCACCAACUUUAACAAAAUUGAAACUUCAUGUUUCAACGCAUAUCAAUAUUAAACCGUACAUGUGUAGUUUAUGUGGAUGGAGAGCUAAUUUACGAUGGUAUAUUCAGUGUCACGCGAAAAAGCGUCAUCCAAAUAUGACUUUUGAAGUGUUACAAUUAUCAAAUGAAGAAGCUGAGCAAACAAUUGAUGCAUACAUGAGAGAACGUGGUUUAGAUUCAAAAUUGUUUGGUGGUCAUGAUUCAAAACGACGAUUUCAAUGUUCUGUCUGCCCAUUUCGUUCGAAUCAUCCAAAAUUUGUUGAUCAACAUAUUCAGAGUAAUCAUCCGAAUAAAGCGUAUGCGAAAAUGAUUAUAUCAAAAAAGAAAUUACGAAAACCAAUCACAACAUUUGGACAAUUAAAUGGGACUAGGCAAAAUGGAAGCAUUUCUUCUCGAAAUGAAAAUAUUGAUGAAACAUUACAGAAAUUCAUGAUACACGUGCCUCGAAAGUCGACUGAUCAACUGAAAAGUGAACAUUCUCCUGUUCCUACACAACCACUUCUAUUUUCACAACGUUCAGAACAUUGUCUACCGAAUCCUCAGACAAAUGCUGCCAUAUUUAUAAAUUCUGAUGGUGAUUAUGUCAACAACGAGACGUAUGAUGAUAAUAAUAAUAGUAGUUUAUGUAAUCUAAAUUCAACAGCAUUAUCUCCGAAUGCAUCAUCAUUGUCAAAGCAUCAGAAUGAUUAUUUAACAAAACCAUUAUAUACAAGAACUAAUUUACAACCAGAUGGAACAAUCACAUUGCCGGAUGAAUCAAAAAUUGUUUACAAUAAUUUUUCAUUACAUUCAAAUUUUAAUCCAAAUCGUUUAUUUUAUUGUGCAAUAUGUUAUCGAGGUUAUCGAUGGCGAUAUGAUGUUAAACGACAUCAUAAGGCGUUACAUGGUGAUCCGGAAGGAGAGAUAUUAGAAUAUUGUGCACAGCUUGAUGCAUUAAUACCAUCGAGUUCAGCGUCAACGGCAAGUACAACGGCUCAACAUACAGCAGCAGCCAUGCAAGUUAUGCAAGUGUUAAGAAAUUUUGAUGGCGAAUCGAUAGGAGAUGGUAAUGGUGGGAUGGAACAAAAAUAUAUGUUGGGUGGUAAUGAUGAUUUCAAAUUGAAUGAAAAGUCAUCAGCAAUAUCACAACAGCAAGAAGAUGGAGAAGUAGAUAUAUCGAUAAUUGAUGAUGUAUCUAAUCGCGAGAAACGUUUAAUGAGUCGUAAUCAACGGGACGGUGAUCCGAUACCGCUCGGUGAUACGACAAACAAUCCGGCAUUUCCAGCACAUUAUUUUAAUCAUUUGCCAUCUCCAUUACAACAACAAGAACAGAAAGCGCAACAACCUCGGCUAUUGGGUUCGUCAAGACAUCAUUUAUCAAAUGUAAAAGUUGCUAUACCAUCCACGGGUGCAUUUAAACAACGUAUUACCUAUGGUUUUAAACCAUUUAAAUGUCCGUAUUGUUUUUAUCGUACAAAUUGGCGGACAGACGCUUUGCGUCAUAUUCGAGCUCGACAUAAAAUUGAACCCGAACAUGAUGGCUACUAUGAAUUGUCAACAGAAGAAGCUGAACGAACAUUCGAAGAUUAUGAAAAUACAUUUGGUUUUGUUGUUAGCAAAAAAGUGUUGGGUCGUUACACUGAAUUUCGUCACAUGGAAUGGUAUGAUUUACAAAAAAUGAUUUAUGAUCAAAUAAAAGAUAAACAUGGUUAUGAACAAAUUAUACUCGAACGUUUACGGCCACCAGAUUAUCCACCAUUACCACCAUCACAAAUGACAUUAACAACAAUGCAAGCAACAAUGGCACAAUCAAAAUCCUUUCGACAAAGACCAUCAAUUGUGGCAAAAAAUGUCGUUAAUAGUGGAACAGUAGGGAGAUCAGCAAACAGAAGUGUAUCAAUUAAACAGCAACAACAAUUUGUACCAUUAAGACAUAAACGUUUGUUCACAUGUAAUGAAUGUGGUUAUAAUUCAUCAAAAAUUCUUGAAUUAGAAAAACAUACAUGCACAGAACUAACAAAUGUGACAUCAAGAAUUAAUCAACAACAUAUUAAAUUACAUCAGUCAGUAAAACAUAGUCAUGGUUACUAUUGUUCACAUUGUGGUUAUAAUUCGCAUUCACGAUCCAUCAUUUUAUUACAUAUCAUUAAAAAACAUAGUUUAACAUCAGUAGCAAGAAUUAAACCAUUUAAAUUAGCAAAAGAUGCUGAAUUUCAAAUAACUCAGACAACAAUUAUCGAUAAAGAAGAAAAAUCGCAGCAACAACAAGAACUAUCGUCAAAUGAAAAAUUGUACAAUUGUUUAAAUUGUCCAUAUAUUUCAAUGUCGCUCUUAGAAUUCACUCAACAUCAACAAUUUCAUGCAAAUAAUUCUACAUUUCAAUGUCAAUAUUGUACUUUUUCAUCGCCAUCGCAACUGUAUUGUCGUCAGCAUGAACUGUUACAUUUGGCAACAACAAAAAAUGAAUAUAAUCAGUUAUUUCAUUUGAAAUCAUCCGGAAAAUUAUCGACUCCGACAGAAAAAUCAUUCCAACAUCCGUAUUUUCCUUCUGCUAAAUUGAAACGAAUAGGUAAUAGUCGAUUAUUGAUAUUGAGAAAUGGCAUGUAUUGUUUUCUAUUUUCAGCGAUAUCAGAAAUUAUCAAAAAUACGAUAGAAAAACGACAAAAACGAAAAUGUCCAUUCUGCACUAACUAUUCAUCAAUCGUACCAUCAGAUGUUGUCGAACAUAUUCAGAAUAUCCAUUUUAAUGAUGACUCGUCAUCAAUAAAAACUGAUUUAUUUUGUGGUUAUGAUGCAAUUAGAGACAUUCUUACAACAUUUGGUACUGAUGCCCAAUCAUCCGACGAUAGUGAAGAACAGCCUCAAGAUGGUAGUGAUGAAAAUAGUGAAAUGGAUGAUAAUGAUAAUCAACAACAACAAGAUAAAAAUUAUAGAGAAAGUGUCGCUGAUGAAAAAGAAGAGAAAAAUUUUCUUCAGAUACCAGAUAAAGUGCAAUAUGAAGUCAUCCAUUCUGAUGCUAGUAAUGAUGGUACUGAUAAUUCAGUAAAUCAAACAAUCAUGUUCAGUUGA